AUGCCUGGCUACCAAUUGUUUUGGAAAGACAGGGAAGGGCGUCAAGGAGGUGGCGUCCUCACAUACGUAAAAAUUGGGCUUAUUGUAUUAUACAAAACAGAUAAAUUUACGAGCAGUUCAGAGGCGAUCUGGCUAUUCGUGAAAGGACCAGGAUCAUCAAGUCUCGAUGUCCUGACACUCUACCGACCACCGAGAAGGGACCCCGUAGCUGAUGCCUCCUUGCUAGAGGAGCUCGAAAAGAUUUCUACACGGUCGGAUAUCUUGAUGGUGGGCAACUUUAACGUACCACAUAUCGACUGGAGCUCGGCCUGCGCACAUGGCUCCGAUCUAGCCUUUGACAGUUGCCUUCUGAGCAUGACGAUGAACCGCAUAGGAGUAAGAGGACGGCUUCUGGCUUGGAUAGAAAACUUCUUAAUCGGCCGCCCGCAAACUGUCCAUCUCAACGACAAACAGUCGGCAAAGGUUGCGGUUGAGAGUGGUGGUCCCCAAGGCUCCGUUAUCGGCACUAUUUUGUUCACUGUCUACAUCAACAAUUGCGUCAGCAAACUGGAUUGUGAUAUUGCCAUGUUUGCCAAUGAUAUAAAACUCUGUCUCGUCAUUUCAACAGCGGCUGACGAGGAGUUGCAGGCAAAUCUGAAUCGACACGAAUAA